CCCAACCAGAGCCCUCUUCUUCUACACUGCUUCUCAACUCUCUCUCUCUCUCUCUCUCUCUCUCUCUCUCUCUCUCUCUCUCUCUUUAUGGGUGCGACUGAAAGUUUCUUGUGAAUAACGAAGUAUCACUCAAACUCGUGGUUCACCGGGAGACGCUUCGGACAACUCGACGGCGUUGUAGGGCUUAAUUAGCUGAUUUGAAGAACAGAAUGUGGAAGCUUAAGAUUGCUGAAGGCAAAGGACCAUAUUUGUAUAGCACCAACAACUUUGUUGGCAGACAAAUUUGGGAGUAUGAUCCUGAAGCCGGGACGCCGGAGGAGAGAGCAGAAGUCGAAAAAGCCCGGGAAACCUUCCUAAAAAAUAAAAAACAAGGAAUUCACCCUUGUGGUGAUCUGCUCAUGCGAAUGCAGAUGAAAAAGGAAAAUGGAAUCGAUUUACUAAGCAUACCACCAGUGAGGUUAGGAGAAAAAGAAGAAGUCACUUACGAAGCCGUCACAACCACUGUGAGAAAAGCUGUUCGAUUACUCCGGGCACUACAAGCAAAAGAUGGUCAUUGGCCAGCUGAAAAUGCAGGAGUAAACUUUUUUUCACCUCCUCUGAUGAUUUCUCUGUACAUCAGUGGAGCAAUUAACACUGUUCUUACACCACACCACAAGAAGGAGUUGGUUCGUUGGCUUUACAACCAUCAAAACGACGAUGGCGGAUGGGGAUUUUAUAUCGAGGGUCACAGCACCAUGAUUGGCUCAGCCCUUAGCUACGUCAUGUUACGUAUUCUUGGAGAAGGACCCGAUGAUGGCGAUGGUGCAAUUGCCCGAGGCCGGAAAUGGAUCCUUGAUCAUGGAGGUGCCACAGGAAUACCCUCAUGGGGAAAGACUUACCUUGCGGUUCUUGGAGUGUAUGAGUGGGAUGGCUGCAACCCAUUGACACCAGAAUUCUGGCUUUUCCCUUCGUUUUUACCAUAUCAUCCAGCAAAAAUGUGGUGUUACUGUCGCACCACCUACAUGCCCAUGUCAUAUUUGUACGGAAGGAAGUACCACGGGCCACUCACCGAUCUCGUUUUACAACUAAGACAAGAAAUUCACCCCAAGCCCUACCACGAAAUAAAUUGGAACAAAGCGCGCCAUGACUGCUGCAAGGAGGAUCUGUAUUACCAGCAUACUUUCAUACAAGAUCUCCUUUGGGACACUCUAAACUACGUUACCGAGCCAUUGAUGAAGUUUUGGCCCUUCACGAAGCUAAGAGAGAGAGCUCUACGGAAAGCAAUUAAGUACAUGCGCUAUGGAUCAACCGAGAGCAGAUACAUUACCAUAGGAUGUGUAGAAAAGAGUUUGCAAAUGAUGUGUUGGUGGGCAGAGGACCCUAAUUGUGAGGAGUUCAAGUAUCAUCUCGCUCGAGUCCCCGAUUACUUAUGGAUUGCUGAAGAUGGAAUGACAAUGCAGAGUUUUGGUAGUCAGAUAUGGGAUGCAACUCUUGCCACUCAAGCAAUUCUGGCAAGUAAUAUGGAGGAGGAAUAUGGGGAUAGUCUUAAGAAGGCACACUUCUACAUAAAAGAAUCACAGUGUAAAGAAAAUCCAGCAGGAGAUUAUACGGCUAUGAACCGCUAUUUUACAAAAGGAUCAUGGACUUUUUCAGAUCAAGAUCAGGGUUGGGUUGUCUCGGACUGCACAGCCGAAGCACUAAAGUGUCUACUUGUACUGUCCCAAAUGCCACAAGAAAUUGCUGGAGAAAAAGCUGAUGUUCAGCGACUAUAUGAUGCUGUCAAUGUCCUUCUUUACUUGCAAAGCCCUGAAAGUGGUGGUUUUGCUAUUUGGGAACCUCCAGUUCCACUGCCUGCUUUACAGGUGUUGAAUCCUUCAGAAGUUUUUGCUGACAUUGUCGUUGAAAAAGAGCAUCUUGAGAACACUGGUUGCAUAAUCCAAGCCCUACUAGCAUUCAAACGUUUGUAUCCAGGGCACCGGGAGAAGGAAAUAGAAAUCUCGGUGGCAAAAGCAGCACAAUUCCUUGAAGAUAAACAGUACCCUGAUGGUUCAUGGUAUGGUUAUUGGGGAAUUUGCUUCCUCUAUGGCACCUGUUUUGUGCUUGGAGGGCUCGUUGCUGUCGGGAAGACAUAUGAUAACUGCCCAGCAGUCCGUAAGGCUGUUCAUUUUUAUCUGUCAACACAAAAUGAAGAGGGUGGCUGGGGAGAGAGCCUGGAGUCAUGCCCAAGCAUGAAAUACAUACCGCUGGAAGGAAAUCGAACAAAUAUAGCGCAAACAGCAUGGGCUAUGAUGGGUCUUAUGUACGCUGGACAGGCUGAGAGGGAUCCAACACCUUUACAUAGAGCAGCAAAGUUGUUGAUUAAUGCACAGAUGGAUGAUGGAGAUUUCCCUCAGCAGGAAAUUCUUGGAGUCUACAUGAAGAAUUGUAUGCUACAUUACGCAGAGUAUAGGAGCUAUUUCCCGUUAUGGGCGCUUGGUGAAUACCGUAGGCGCCUUUGGUCACCUUCCCAGAAUGUCUAAGUUCAAGUUCAAGAUGUAAAAUAAUUAACCAAAAAAUUCUUUUUUGUGCUUUCUUUGAGUAUGUAUCCUUCAGUUUUCAGCUUCAUGUUGUUUUGGAAUAAGAAGUCCAGUAUUAAACAACAACAAAAGCCCAUGAAUAUCACUGCGAUUUAUGAAUAACUCACACUGAGUACAGUGAGCACACGAAUAACUAAGAUUACUCUAGAUGUGUUGUUGCUCUGCUUUAUCUUCUGAUCAUAGGCCUAUUGAAGAAAACAUUUGUUAUUAGCCAAGUGGAAUAGUUACCUUCUCUCUAGGUCUUGUGUGAUCAAUAUACUCUGAAGCUGCUUCUGCAACUGGGCUUUUAGCUGGUAAUUGGAAGCCACACUUCUAUCCAAAUUCUCCUUCUUGGCUAGAAGUUGAGAUUUUCUCAUCUCAGCUGCAGCUAUCUCAGAAUUACCAGAAUAUCUAUUACUAUGCUGAAGUUCCAUGAAGCUUGACUUGACCUGAAAGAUGGAUCAAGCUAAUAUGAAAUGUACAAUAUGCAGCAAAACAAAAAAAAAAUAGCUUCUCAUGGUUAGCAAAUAUCACAAAAGUUUUUCUAAAA